UCUCUCUCACACCACAACUCACCACGCCGCCGCCGCACCACCUUGAUUCUGCUGGAGCCUUCACUCUGCCGGAGCACUGCCAUCUCUUUCCGCCUUAAUCUCCGACACAGCCAUGGCUGAUCCUCCAAAUCAUUUCUUCAAGUUCAUUCCACCAGACUCAAAGUUUAACCUCUCGAUUCCGAAAUCUUUUUUGACGAAGUUGGACGGAUGGAGAGGUAAGAAAGCAACACUGAGACGAGGGUGUCACAAAUGGGCGGUGCACAUUGGCGACGGAGGAGUUUUUGGUGACGGUUGGAGGAAGUUUGUGGUGGAGAAUGGAGUGCAAGAGUUUGACAUUAUUGUGUUCAAACAUCAAGGAAACAUGGUGUUUGAUUUUGUUGUGUUUGACCCAUCUACAUGUGAAAGACAAUAUCCAAAUUUACCUGACAAUUUACCUGUCUCUCACACACAUAAGAGGUCGAAAAUGCUCAAUAAGCGCAAAAGGGAAGAUGAAUUUCGACUCGAUGAUGAUAGUUGUUUUGUGACCAUAAUGACACCUUAUAAUAUCAGAAGAAACACAUUGAGUGUUCCGAUGAAAUUCGCUAGAUCAAACGGAUUAACUACCAAAAGAAUGCGUACACAAAUAGUUCUAGUGGACGAAGCAAAGAGGACUUGCCCAGCAACACUCUAUAUCCGGACACAUCGGAUUUGUUUACGGGGUUGGCGUAAACUCAGGAUUAAAAAUAACUUAAAAGUCGGGGAUGCGUGUAUGUUUAAACUCAUAGAGGAUGGAGAAGUGCCCGUUUUCAAUUUCUACAAUCUAGGAAAGAAGAACGCCAACAACCACGUUCAAGUAAAGAAGGAGAGUAAACCGACGAUAAAGAUAAAGAAGACGACUGGCUCGAGUCUCGGCAAUCAUCCUUACUUUAUUAUAACUAUGAGGCUUUUUCAUAGAGAGUGUGGUCUGUAUCUUCCCGUUAAAUUUUGGACAUCAAAUGGUUUGAAAGUAGGAGAAUUAAUUCUUCGAGACGAUAGAGGUAGAUCAUGGAAAGUCCAACUCAACAAACAUGGUAAAAGACGAUUAUAUAUUGGACGUGGUUUUAGAGAUUUCUGGGUGGCGAACGGACUAAUGGAAGGUAAUGCGUACAAGUUUGAGCUAGCUGAGAACGAGAAGGAUAAGCCUCCCAUUGUGAACUUUUCGUUGGCGGUAGACUCGACUCCAUCUGAAAUAGAAGACCGUCAUCCUUCAUCCGCAAAGUGAAGUCCUACUACGUAGAAUAGUCGCCGCUCCGGUCCUUUCCUUUCUAUUACCUUUACAUCACUGACAACUAUUCCUAAACCCUUUCGUUACGGAAUGACAGAGAAUAGUAUGCUUUAUGAUAAUGAUGUUGUGUUUAACUUUUUUAACUUAUAGAGAUUAUGGAAGGGGAAUUAAUA